UCCAAUCCAAAAUAAGCGGUGUAGGGAUCUUGUGACACCGGAGAGUACACGCGUUUGUCUCAGUGUGUAUGCUUGCAAUCCGCCCUGAAACGAUCGUGAAACACUUUUGGAUUUUCAAUUUAGCAUAUUCUCGAAAUGGACGGAAGGAUUUGUUUGCUGUUUUUGUUCACGAUUCCACCAUGCAUCGCACUGGAAUGUUCCAGCUGUAUGCAUAUGGGCAUUGAGUACAUCAACAUGCCGGCCAAUAUCGAAAGCAUGAUGGCCGGCAUGAUGUCAUCCUUAGAUUCUCUCAAGAAUGAGCCAUGUUCUAAUAACACAGCCCAUACAGAGACCUGCGCCGUUUCCUCAGGUGUUGAUACAGUCAUUGACACGUGUAUCAGUUUCACAUUCACCAUGACGUGUAUGGGCUUCACAGGCGCUAAUCUGCCCGAUAGUGGUAUGAGGGUUACGGUAGUGACGCGUCAGUGCAGCGCAUCGCCGGUAGGCACCGAUGACUCUUGCCGCAAGAUUGAUACUCUUGCUGACGCCGAGGGUCAAGCUGAGAUUAUCAAGUCACUGGAUUCACUGAAAGAUUCAUUUGAAUCCGUCGAAUAUAAUGGCGACUAUUGCACCACAUCGACCGGUAUUCUUCCUUCUACCACCAGAGUUACUGACACGACAAGGGCGACACGCACUACCAUCACUACCGAACCAACAAGUGGUUCGUCGGCGCUAAUUUAUUUGCCAUCGAUUGCGGUUUUCUUAUUUGUUUUACAUCUUGUGUAAAAGCGUUGAAUAUAUUUUUCAACCUGAAGUAAAAGGAUUUGGAACAGUUUUACCUCAACACAUUAUGUAUAUACGUUGCAGGGAGAACUUCACAUGAAUUUGCUAUUUGUUUAAUUUAGUUGUAUAUUAACUAUGCUCUUCUUAUAAUGCAAACUAAAGUAACCCUAUUUGUUUUGUACUUCUUAUGUAUUUGCAUGCUUGAGAAGUAAGAGAUAUAGACGAUGUUUCGUCGAAA